CUAGGCCACUGUUUUGUAGUUCCGCGUCGUAACAUUAAUUGUGAGAUGGGGGCGACCUCCAACUCAGAAAUAAUCUGAUAGUUGAUUGCCAAGCUUAGUUUUUUAACUUUAAUGCUUUCAAGUUGUUCUAUACUGGUAAAGCGAAGAAUUUAUACUCAUUUCAUCCUGGAUUUUACGACAACAGCAAUUCCAGUCAUCCAAUUAGGCUGCCCAUUACAAGACCAUAGAAAUAGUUUCAGUUUGUAAUAUGAGAUAAUCUCACUAGGAUUAACUGCCUACAUUUACUCCCGCCUUCUUCCACAUAGACUUUUCAACUCCGGACACAAGAUGUCUUACCUUAGCUGUUGAUCGACUGUUUCGCAACAACCUGAAUAUUAAUGCAAAAGUUCUGAAACACUUGAAGUGCUAUUGCUUGCCUUGUAAGGCAUGUAUUAGUAUGUCUCCUUGUUUUCCAUUUGUAAGACGCAGGCAAAAUAGUAACAAGGAAAUAUUUCUUGUCAUCUUGGGAUUGGAUAAUUCUGGAAAGACAACAAUAUCUCUCAGCAUAAAGGGUGUCUCCAGUGACUUAGUUGCUCCAACUAUCGGUUUUGAUCGUAUUGAAUUCACUGUUGAUAAUUUUAAUAUCAGCCUUUAUGAUCUCGGUGGUGGUCAUACAAUACGUGAUAUUUGGGAAUCUUAUUUUGCUGAAGUCUAUGGUGUUAUAUUCGUGGUUGAUUCAAGUGCACCAGAGAGAUUAGAAGAAUGUCAUGAAGUAUUAGUCAAUGUUCUUUCCCAUCCGUGCAUAUCCGGUAAACCGAUUCUUCUACUAGCGAACAAACGAGAUAUUAAAGGUGCGUUAGACGAGUCGGAACUUAUAGCUGCACUCCAACUGGACGAUAUUGUCAAUGAAUAUAAAUGCCCUUGUCGGCUGGAACAUUGUUCUGCUUUAUUACUGCCUAAUCAAAAGUUGGAUAAAGCAAUUCGUGAUGGUUUGAAGUGGCUUCUUGCAUACAUUCAAUCAGAUUUGAUAAAUAUUCAAUUACGGGUUGAUGCUGAUGUAGAGAGACAGACACAACGACAAACAGAAGAACGCGCAGCAAGAAAAGAAAGAGUUCGAUUAGCUAAAGAGGAGAGAGAACGAUUGGAAAAACUAGCUAAUCAACAAAGAGGCGACAUGUGUAUAUCGAAUAGUAUUGAUGACGUAGGCGAAAACCCAAAUGAAGUAAUCAACCAGAAAUUAACAGUAAAAACUGAUAAUACAUGUACAAUUUCAAAUGUUUAUGAAAAUCACUUGUGUGGCGACAGUCCUGAAUGUGAAAAAUCUAUGAAAGUGAAAGAAAUUAACCCCGGUAACCAUACUCGAUUCGAGCAGAUCGAUUCAGGAGCACCCAGUGAGAAACAUCAUUCUUUGGUCUCUUUACCAUUGCAUCCACUUGACCUAUCACAUCAAGUAAAAUUAGCUGGUAACAGUGAUCUGGAAUACCAAAAUAGAAAACUGAGUUCGAACGGCCAACGUAGUUUUGAUAAAGAGGACUCAUUGAUUGAUUUAGAAAUAGAGCUGGAUAAUACUCGUAACAGCAUUGAGAAAAAUGAUCAUGUAUCAAGACAGUUCUCAUUGUCUCCUUCAAUAUCUAGUCAUCAAAAAGAAGACGCUAAAUCACAUUCUGAUGUCAUGGAAAUGAGUAUAUUGGAAAGUAAACUCCAAUGUUAUAAGGGAAAUUCAGUUACUCAAACGGCAAAUGGAAAUGCCCGUUUUAUCAACAGAACACCAACUGUGGUUCAUUCAUUAUAUGGGAAAAAUUGUUCUUCAGUCAAAAAAUCUGCUCACCAACUUUCUGAUGGUUAAUUCAACUUCAACCUAACUACUGUAAUUUCUUCAUCUAUAGUAGUAUGUCAAACUACUAAUAUUCAGCACUGAACUUAGCUUGUUUUCUCAAUUCAAUGAGAGAGAUAAUGAAUGUUUUCCUUGAACGGUUGUUUCCACUGAGAAGCAUGUACAACUGUGAAUAGAAAUUUUACAGAUCUUAAAUAACUGGCAUAUAUAAUGACUUUUGAUUGAUGAUUUCUUGUGAACACCAUACGAUCAUUGGUUUUCAAACAUUUUUGUAUUCAU